AUUGAUGAUGGUUUGAUGACUGUUUUGACGUUUCCCAUCAGAACUAGAUCUCCAUAUAAAAUGUAUGAUGUUCAUUACAUUAAAGUGAUACUACUCUUAUUUUGCAUGUAGUUUAAAACAGAAUACUUAAAAUGCCACCUAAGGCGGGUGCCGCCAAACCAACUGGCAUAAAGAAAAGCAUAAUUGUACCAAGCAAAGUAUAUACUAAGGAUAGUAGCAGCACCAUUAAACCUGAAGACAUUGAAGGCGUUGAGGAAACAGAAAUAACUGCACAAAUAUCAGUACCAACUGAAGGAGGAUGGGGUUGGGUCGUAGUCGCAGCGAGUUUUUUAACGAUUUUUCUAUUAGACGGAGUUUACUUCACAUUUGGCAGUAUAUAUCACGACAUGUGCGAUGAUCUUAAAGUUGGAGAGUCUGUGGUGGCACUUGUCAACUCUGUAGCAGUAGCAGUGUACUUUAUGGGAGGACCACUUGUAUCGGCGCUUAUUAACAGAUUUGGAUUCCGGGCAGUUUGUAUGACUGGUUCAAUUAUUUCUGCGUCAGCUUUACUUUGUACAUAUUUUGUUGUUGAUUUUGUAACAAUACUUAUUUUAUACGGACUUUUUGGAGGAUUUGGAGCUUGCCUUUGUAGCAUGGGGUCCGGAUUGGUAGUGGGCUUUUACUUUGAAAAACUUAGAUCUUUGGCAAUGGCAAUUUCAAGUAUUGGUUCCAGCAUUGGCAUUAUGAUUAUGUUUACAGUUAACUCAUACAUAGUAAAAUUGGCCGGAUGGCGUUUGCUUGUAUUAAUGCAAUCUGGAUUAGUGGGUUUAAUAUACUUUUUAGCGAUGACCUUUCGCCCUUUACUUUCUUUAACUGUGACGACGGUAGUAGACGAACCUACUCGUACAGUAGCUUACUUGCCUAGCUGCCAUAAAAGCAGCACCAUCAAAGACAAAAAAGGGAGUGAUGCCAAGUGCUGCAGAACGGCUGUUCAGCGCUGUAUCAAAUGCACACUUUCCUACUGCGGCAGUGAUUGGAGAGAGUACAGUGCCAACGCCGACGCAAGCGGGUCCUUCUACAGCAGUUGCAUCAAGGCUUACUCUUACCGCUCAAGGUCCUCAAAGUGGAAUCAGUCGAAGACAAUUGAAACAAGUUCAGUCUUUAAUAUCCAAGUCGAAAUCUAGAGUAAGUGUCAAAGACGAUAAUGCUGAGAAAGCCAUAGAAAUAAAUAUUAAUAUUGAAGAGCCAAUUAAACGCUCUGUGUUUCAAAGAUUAUUCCAUUGGGAAGAACAUGUACCCCAAGCUCGACCAAUGUAUCGAGAUGA